AUAAAUUAAGGAUGUGCUGCGAUGUCCGGAGCGUAAACAGGCUUGGACUCUGGAAAGGGUGCAUAUCACUCCAGGUCAAAGCCACUGUGGUGAAGAAACACAAGAUGGUACAGAUGGAAAUCCAGUUAUCAGAGUUGACUCCAGAAGAGAGAACCUAACAGACCUAACAAUGGAAGAAAUUGAGGAAAUUAUCAAAAAGCUACCAUCUCCCAAAACACCAGUCCCGGAUGGUGUUUCAGCAUGGUCUGGUACGGCCACUCUUUGUCCCAGGGCAUCCUCCCAAAGUCAUUGCCAUCUGUGGUAUGACAGCAGGAACAUGAACUCUGGAGGCAGACUUCAUUUCAAGAUGCCAGCUCCACCAGUUACUAACUACCUUGGACGAAGAUGAGUAUUGGUUUUUCCAUUUGUAAAACUGGGAAAAUAAUGUUUACUUUAUGGAGUUGUUUUGAGAAUUAAAUACGUGAAAAUUGUGCUUAGUAUAUACCUGCAGGCCUUCCUUGAGCCUGUUCUCCCAGCCUCCACCUCACAGAGUGUGUGCUCACUGUCCCUUACCUGUGUUCCCAUAGUAUAUAUUUAUCAUGGAAGGACUUACACUGUGGAGUGAUUGUAGACCUUGGCAGAGCCUUCUGUUAGAUUGCAAGUUCCUUGUCUUUGACUCUCUAGCACUUAGCAGAGGGCCUAGUUUACAGUAGAUACUAAGUAAGUGUUAGUGAACAGAAUGACUGAAUGUAUGUCUUGCUCUUCUUUUUCUCAUGAGAGGACUUUGUUUCAGAAGGAUAAUAGCAUGUACCAUUAUGUAGUGUAGGCAUUACAUAUGAACUAGUCCAGUGGUUCUCAAAUUUUUGUGUCUCAGGACCGCUUUACACUUAAAAAAUUUUUGUGGACCCCAAAGAGCCUUUAUUUGUAUGGAUUAAUAUUCAUGGUCUUAGAAAUAAAAACAAAAUUUUAAAAUAUUUAUUUAUUCACUUUAACAAAAUGAUAAACCCAUUACAUGUUAAUAUAAUCAACACAGUUUCAUGAAAAAUAAUUAUUUCCCCCCUAAAAAAUUAAUAAGUAUGUUUUACAGUUUUGUAAGUCUGUUUAAUGUCUGACUUAAAAGGUUGGUGGAGUCUCAUAUCUACCUCUGCAUUUGUUCUGUUGUGAUAAAUUGUUUUAGUUGAAGUAUAUGCAGAAAAUCCAGCCUCACAUGGAUAUGUAGUUGGAAAGGGGAGGACCUCCUGGACUACUGAAAGGGCCUCAGGGCCCUCCAAAAAUACUUGAAGAAACAGUGAUCUAGUUUAAAAGGGAAAAAUGUAAUAGAGUCCAGAAAUUGGAGGAAGGAUUAGGGGAAAUUUUCAUAUGUUUAGCACUGUAUAUAAAGGUUUACCUAUUAUCAUUUUAUUAUUUGUAGGUUAAAAAAAUCCUUCCCAAAGAAGAUCUUAAGCAACACGAUGGAUUCAGAAGCUCAUGAAAAGAGGCCACCAAUCCUAACAUCUUCAAAGCAAGAUAUAGCACCUCAUAUUGCAAAUGUUAGUGAAAUGAAGCAUUACUUGUGUGGCUGCUGUGCGGCUUUCAACAAUAUAGCCAUCACAUUUCCCAUUCAGAAGGUCCUCUUUCGGCAACAGCUGUAUGGAAUCAAAACCCGGGAUGCAGUACUUCAAUUGAGGAGGGAUGGGUUUCGAAAUUUGUAUCGCGGAAUCCUUCCCCCUUUAAUGCAGAAGACGACUACACUGGCACUUAUGUUUGGUCUGUAUGAGGAUUUAUCUUGCCUUCUCCGUAAGCAUGUCAGUACCCCAGAGUUUGCAACCUGUAGCCUGGCCGCAGUACUUGCAGGAACGACAGAAGCAAUUUUCACUCCAUUGGAAAGAGUUCAAACAUUGCUUCAAGACCACAAGCAUCAUGACAAAUUUACAAACACUUAUCAGGCUUUCAAAGCACUGAAAUGCCAUGGAAUUAGAGAGUAUUAUCGAGGCUUGGUGCCUGUUCUUUUCCGUAACGGAUUCAGCAAUGUCCUUUUUUUUAGCCUUCGAGGUCCCAUCAAGGAGUACCUGCCUACAGCAACAACCCACGGUGCUCAUUUGGUCAAUGAUUUUAUCUGCGGGGGCCUGUUGGGUGCCAUGUUGGGGAUCUUGUUUUUUCCAGUUAAUGUUGUAAAAACUCGCAUGCAAUCUCAGAUUGGUGGGGAAUUUCAGUCUUUCCCUAAGGUUUUCCAAAAAAUCUGGCUAGAACGGGACAGGAAACUGACAAAUCUUUUCAGAGGUGCCCAUCUGAAUUACCAUCGAUCCCUCAUCUCUUGGGGCAUAAUUAAUGCGACUUAUGAGUUCUUGUUAAAGAUUAUAUGAAAGAAAUCAGUUAAGUGCCAUUAAUCAACUGAAUAGACCUAAGAAGAAUGCAGUUUGGCCUUGUUUCUAAUUGGCCAAAUACAAGUUGGUGUCCUAAGUCCAGGGCACAGUGAAUUACGGGCAAAGCUGUUUUUCUUAAGCACCAACAAAUUCAGAAUAAAAGGUUUCAGUAGGAAAAUUUAAGGUUUUGGGGGGAUUUUGGGGGGGACAGUGUUAGUACUUUUUUUAAUCAUUAUCUGAGAACUUUAGGCUAAUUGCCUGGUUAAUAGCUGUCUAUCUGAUGGCUUUUGACAAGGAAACUAACAGCCAAGAUAUAUGAUACUUUUUCCCACAAAUCUUCUGUAUUGAAGCAUAAGUGGCCAUGACCAGCCAGAGGAAAGGCUCUUAGGGUCCCAUGAUUUCUCAGGCUUACUUCUAUUACUCCAUUUCUUCUCUGCUUUUAGGAGGAGUUACAAAGGGUAGUUUUUGUUAACUUAAAACAUAUACAUGGUAGGAAAAAGCAGAGAGAAGAAAAACAGCUUAUUAUGUGUAGGUUUUUCAUGAUAAAUUGUUUGUAUUCGUUUUGAAACUAAGCACCUGUUGGGAUGGUCAUUAUCCAAAUUAUUUCUCUUUCGACGUGGUAGACUAAAGCAACUAAUGACAUCUCCCAUUUUGCUUUCUAGGGUAGAAAGUUUUCUCUGUAUUUCUCAAUAUGACCUUAAAGCUUCCCAAAAUAUUUUUAUAUUAAUUUCACUAUUUCGUUGCCAGAAAACGUGGAGGCUUAAAUUUUGUUAAAGGUGUUUCAUCCCAUUAAGAAGGUUCAUAUUACAGGUAUCCCCCACUUCUCCAGAGUUUCCUUUAUGCCACUUCGCUUUUACAAAAGACCUACAUUAGUACCUGUUUUCACUAACCAAAAGAAAUACGGAGAUGAUUUUUGCUUUUACAAGAAAAGGUGAUUGCUUCCUCAUUCUAUGCCAUUUCGGCUUACAAAAAGUUCCGCAGGAAUGCAGGGGAAACCUGUAAUUGCAUUACAGAUCCAAUUCUGUUUAGCUCAGCUUCUUUGAAUUGUUGUUGCCAAUUUAGUGAAGAGCUUUGGAGUUUUGGUAGUUUUUCCUUUGAGGAGUAGUUUCAUAGUCAAGUAUCCUGUUCUCUUGAAACUCCCUUUAAAAAAACAACAAAAUGCUUCCAUAAAAUUUUAUUUUGGAAGUCUAUUAAUAGGACCUCAGAUUUUUUUUCUGGUUUCUAAGUGUUCUGGGGAAGGGGAAAAAAACUCAGUACUUUUUCCCAGAUAAAUAAGGCAAAGUGACUCAUACACCAAUUGAAUAACUAAUAAAACAUACGAGACAUCCUAGAAAAGUGGUUUAUCGAUCUUUUAAAAAUCCACAUCUGUAAGUAUUAUGUCGUUAAGAUUACCUUCCAGCAUCUGACACGGAGCAGAGCACAUGGGUUUUAUUACCAGUCUUUCAUCAUUCUGGGUAAUUGCAUGUUACUCUGUGCACAUGCUGACCAAAAUAAAGUCAGGGUCUCAAUUGGUAGUUUACUCAGUUUCUGGACAGAUAGUCCAAAAACGAUGUUUACCUCUCAAUGCAGGGUGGCUGGUCAAGUGACAGGAACAUCUUCCUUCCAGCUGUGAAGCAUUCGGAGGCAUUGUCACGCGUUUGCCAGGCAGUAGUGAAGCUCACUAGCUUUACAAAGGCUCUGUCUGACAGCGUUGUGCUGGAAAUGGCCGUUAAUUUUAGAAACCAAGGUGCAGGUGUAAGGAUUUGAGAAAACAAGGAUUUGACACCAAAUAAAUGAGAGUAGCAUCCUUUGGCCUAUGGAAUAGAGUCAGGAUUUCAAGUGGGUUGAGUUUCAGGAAUGAGUGGCAAAGGCACUGGUGUCUGAUCCCCUCGCUCCUGUGUAUGUGUGUCCAGCACUCCUGGGCAUAUAUGAGUGCUCAGCAUGUGGCCGGUGCGUUAGCCUGGGGUCACACCCUGACCCUGGGAGUAGACUCCACUGGCCUUCAGUUCCACGGGGCUUCCUUUUGCCUCUACACUCCAUGUAGGUGAUAGAAAUCUAAAUUCUAAAUCACUUUUGUGAAAUACAAGUGAAGUGAGAAUUUGAAGGAGGGUGCUUCCUCUUCUGCUGUCUCAAACAUGUGGCAUUUAAAAACAAAUAUUUUUUUAAUGGUUUUAACUCAUUAUAUUUUUUGAUUUCUUUGUCACUUUUUACAGCUUUUGAAGACCAAACUGCAAAUACGUUACCAGGGUUGGUUUUAUGUUGUCCUAUAUUUUCUUAAAUUUGACAAAAAACGCAACAGAAUUCGUGGUAGCCAACAGCUUUGUCUGAAAUUUAAAAGAAGUCAAAAUGUGUUAUUAGUAAGGAAGAGAUUCUAACUAUUGUUUUUGCCUUCAGUGUGAACUAGUAUGGUAAUAAUUUGGAAAAAGCAAACAUGAGUGAAUAACUUUUAUCUGCACAGCUUUAAAAGUGGCCUUUCUGUGGCACAGACAGCUCAUGAGCGCAGGGCACUCCUGGUCUUUCCUCCUAUACUUCAUUCUGAUGCCACCAGAAAUAUGUUCUGGAUUCUAUACGUAACACCCUUAGAGUGGUAUGAGCCCUCAGGACUGUACUACAGAGUAAACUCAACCUCUGUAUGGUGGCAAAUGUAUGUGUCUUUGUUUCAUUUGUGGUUGGAGACAAAGUUGAUGCUUUAGUCUCAAUAGUCAAUAUUCAUCUUACUUUAUGGUUGGUUAUAUAAUCACCUGCUAUAUAUUACGAACUGUGCAAUGAGACAGAAUUGUGCAUAUAUAAUCAUCUUUGGAGACCUGCAAUUCCUUGGCUUGAUUACAGUGGUGAUACUCAGUUACAGGGCUGUACAAACCUUAAUAAGAGGAUAACGGGUGGUACUGGAGGGCUUCACGGUAAGCCGAUCAUGUUGACCAACACUGUUCAGUGUAGAUGAAGUACUGUCGUGUGAGGGGCAUGCAGUCAAGAUGGAAGCGAGGUGGGAGAUCACAUUUAAAGAAAGGGUAAGCACUCAGCCUUGGUUUCUUUUAAAAUAGUCUGUUUUCUCACGUGCUUAUAAAUGUGUAUCAAAGACUUGAAUAGGCAUUCUCCUUAACUCUGAGGAUUUUUCGUUUUUAAUGCUGUCUUUUUGCCUAAUAGUGAAUAUUUGCUUGCCUAAAUGGCUCCUAAAUUGUGGAGGAGUCUACAUGUUUCCUUUUUUAAAGUUUCAUUAUUAAAAGUGGUUGUUUUUGUUUGAUA